GCAGCUAUAUUCUCAGGACGAGACGCUUUGGACGGGACACAGUAUAAACGGUUCGUUUUUGACAUUUGAAAGUCUUCCACUAAUGUUUUAAAAUGUAAUCUGCUUUCAUGCAUGGCAAGUGCCACAUUUUACAGAAUAGCUAGCUAGCUAAUUUAACCGCAUAUUCAUUAGCUUUAAAGCUUCGUAAACCUAACCAGUUGAGCGAGGUAGCUAGCUCUAAUCCUGUCAACAAACCUACCCACACCGGUCGCCUGCAGGACUGUGGCUAGCCCACUCAUGAAGCUACUACAUUGUGGAUGGUUAACUAGCUAGUAGGGGGGGAAAUGUACUUUUAACGAAUGACUGCGUUUUGUAGUUACUAACACCGAUUAGCUGAUUAAUUGUGUUUUCAUUAUUGUGUGACAAUUGGAGAGCACACACCGCCGGACCAGAUGAAGUGAUUGAUAAUCCCGCCCGUAAACCAUUCCUGUCCUAGUGCCUUGUCUCUUCCGCAUUUAACGUUAGGACCAAAGGUCAGUCUGGACCAAGCUACUAGCUAGUCUCCCUAGCCGUCUACCAAAGAGACAUUUCCUGGACGAUUGAUGAUUUGUGAAGACGAGCACUCAUAAAGCGGCGUUGUGCAAGGUCCAGAUGUUAAAGUUGUUUCUGACUUCGGCAAGGUGCGUGAGGAUCACACGAUUCCAUGGUAAGAAGGGAGGGGGGCAAACAAGGGACUGCUCGCCAAGUGCAUGCAGUAAUUCACCCAGCCUAGAGUAACACGACACGUCUAGACAGAAUAGUGAUUUAGUAACAGGAAUUUACAAUAUAUGUAUGACACUAGCCUAUAUGGACAGAUAAAAUGACUAUGUCGUGACAUAGAAUGAGUUAGCCUCAUACAUGGGUUGCCAUUGCUCAUUCUGGCCUGUGUCUAUACAGGUGUGUGUGGACUUGCCACCUCCACACCUGCCUCCAGCCCCAAGGUGUGCAUAGUGGGAGGCGGCCCAGCUGGCUUCUACACUGCACAACACCUAGUCAAGGUGAGUGAUGUCUCAGUGCUACUGUCCCCAAGAUUUGAACCAUCGGGUAGAUGCUUCCAUUAGGCACAAAUCUUGGAUCAGAGCUUUCCCUCCCAAAAUCCUGUUCCAAUUGAUUGCCCUUCUCCCCAAAGUGUAAACUAGGGAGUCCAUUCCAUUAGGGGAAGUUAACAAGUGCAGACUUUAGGAACAGUAGAGAUUAGAUUUAUUUUAUUUAUUUAUUUCACCUUUAUUUAACCAGGUAAGCCAGUUGAGAACAAGUUCUCAUUUACAACUGCGAACUGGCCAAGAUAAAGCAAAGCAGUGCGAUAAAAACAACAACACAGAGUUACAUAUGGGGUAAAACAAAACAUAAAGUCAAAAAUACACCAGAAAAUAUAUAUACAGUGUGUGCAAAUGUAGCAAGUUAUGGAGGUAUGGCAAUAAAUAGACCAUAGUGCAAAAUUAUUACAAUUAGUAUUAACACUGGAAUGAUAGAUGUGCAAGAGAUGAUGUGCAAAUAGAGAUACUGGGGUGCAAAUGAGCAAACUAAUAACAAUAUGGGGAUGAGGUAGUUGGGUGGGCUAAUUUCAGAUGGGCUGUGUACAGGUGCAGUGAUUGGUAAGGUGCUCUGACAACUGAUGCUUAAAGUUAGUGAGGGAGAUAAGUCUCCAGCUUCAGAGAUUUUUGCAAUUCGUCCAGUCAUUGGCAGCAGAGAACUGGAAGGAAUGGAGGCCAAAGGAGGUGUUGGUUUUGGGGAUGACCAGUGAGAUAUACCUGCUGGAGCGCAUACUACGGGUGGGUGUUGCUAUGGUGACCAAUGAGCUAAGAUAAGGCAGGGAUUUGCCUAGCAGUGAUUUAUAAAUGGCCUGGAGCCAGUGGGUUUGGCGACGAAUACGUAGUGAGGACCAGCCAACAAGAGCGUACAGGUCACAGUGGUGGGUAGUAUAUGGGGCUUUGGUGACAAAACGGAUGGCACUGUGAUAGACUACAUCCAAUUUGCUGAGUAGAGUGUUGGAGGCUAUUUUGUAAAUGACAUCGCCGAAGUCAAGGAUCGGUAGGAUAGUCAGUUUUACGAGGGCAUGUUUGGCAGCAUGAGUGAAGGAGGCUUUGUUGCGAAAUAGGAAGCAGAUUCUAGAUUUAACUUUGGAUUGGAGAUGCUUAAUGUGAGUCUGGAAGGAGAGUUUACAGUCUAACCAGACACCUAGGUAUUUGUAGUUGUCCACAUACUCUAGGUCAGACCCUUCGAGAGUAGUGAUUCUAGUCGGGUGGGCGGGUGCCAGCAGCGUUCGAUUGAAGAGCAUGCAUUAAGUUUUACUAGUGUUUAAGAGCAGUUGGAGGCUACUGAAGGAGUGUUGUAUGGCAUUGAAGCUCGUUUGGAGGUUAGUUAACACAGUGUUCCAAUGAAGGGCCAGAUGUGUACAAAAUGGUGUAUGGGGCAUGGGCAAGUUGCAUCGGAAGGUGCAGAGCUGGUGGCCGGGGUUGUGGUAGCCAGGUGGAAAGCAUGGCCAGCUGUAGCAAAAUGCUUGUUGAAAUUCUCGAUUAUUGUAGAUUUAUCGGUGGUGAUAGUGUUUCCUAGACUCAGUGCAGUGGGCAGCUGGGAGGAGGUGCUCUUAUUCUCCAUGGACUUUACAGUGUCCCAAAACUUUUUGGAGUUAGUGCUACAGGAUGCAAAUUUCUGUUUGAAAAAGCUAGCCUUUGCUUUCCUAACUGCUUGUGUAUAUUAGUUCCUAACUUCCCCUUCGAUGCUAAUGCUUUACGCCAGGGGAUGUUUUUGUGCUGGUCAAGGGCAGUCAAGUCUGAGGAGAACCAGGGGCUAUAUCUGUUCUUAGUUCUGUAUUUUUUGAAUGGGGCAUGUUUAUUUAAGAUUGAGAGGAAAUUACUUUUAAAGAACAACCAGGCAUCCUCUGCUGACGGAAUGAGAUCGAUAUCCAUCCAGGAUACCUGGGCCAGGUCAAUUAGGAAGGCCUGCUCGCUAAAGUGUUUUAGGGAGCGUUUGACAGUGAUGAGGGGUGGUCGUUUGACCGCGGACCCGUUACGGACGCAGGCAAUAAGGCAGUGAUCGCUGAGAUCCUGGUUUAAGACAGCGAAGGUGUAUUUAGAGGGUAAGUUAGUCAGGAUGAUAUAUAUGAGGGUGCCCAUGUUUACGGAUUUAGGGUUGUACCUGGUAGGUUCGUUGAUAAUUUGUGUGAGAUUGAGGGCAUCUAGUUUGGAUUGUAGGAUGGCCGGGGUGUUAAGCAUAUCCCAAUUUAGAUCACCAAGCAGUACGAACUCUGAGGAUAAAUGGGGGGCAAUCAAUUCACAUAUGGUGUCCAGGGCACAGCUGGGGGCUGAGGGGGGUCUGUAGCAAGCGGCAACAGUGAGAGACUUAUUUCUGAAAAGGUGGAUUUUUAGAAGUAGAAGCUCAAACUGUUUGGGCACAGACCUGGAUAGUAUGAUAGAGCUCUGCAGGCUAUCUCUACAGUAGAUUGCAACUCCACCCCCUUUGUUAGUUCUAUCUAGACGGAAAAUGUUGUAGUUGGGGAUGGAAAUUUCAGAAUUUUUGGUGGCCUUCCUAAGCCAGGAUUCAGACACUGCUAGAACAUCAGGGUUGGCAGAGUGUGCUAACGCAGUGAAUAACUCAAACUUAGGAAGGAGGCUUCUGAUGUUAACGUUCAGAAAACCAAGGAGUUUACGGUUACAGAAGUCAACAAAUGAUAACUCCUGGGGAGUAAGUAGUGAUACUGGGGGCUGCAGGGCCUGGGUUAGCCUCUACAUCACCAGAGGAACAGAGGAGGACUAGAAUAAGGAUAUGGCUAAAGGCUUUAAGAACUGGUCUUCUAGUGCGUUGGGUACAGGGAAUAAAGGGGGCAGAUUUCCGGGCGUUGUUGAAAAGAUUCAGGGCAUUAUGUACAGACAAUGAUAUGGAAGGAUAUGAGUACAGUGGAGGUAAACCUAAGCGUUGGGUAACAAUGAAAGAGAUUGCAUCAAUGGAGGCACCGAUUGAGCCGGUCUCGGCUUGUAUGGGGGGGUGGAACAAAGGAACUAUUUGAGGCAGUUUGAGAGGGACUAGGGGUUCUACAGUGAAAUUGUAUAAUAAGAACUAACUGGAACAGCAAUAGGCAAGGCAUAUUGACUUGGGAGAGAGGCAUAAAGCAAUCACAGGUGUUAUUAGAGAGAGCUAAGACAACAACUGGUAAUGGCGAUAAUGUUUGGGCUGAGGCUAAACAGAUAGACAGGACAGGGUACCGUGUAAAGGAACAGUCCAGCAGGCAUCAGCUGUGCAGCUGAGUGAUCAUAAGGUCCAGUGAACAGCAAUAUGUGAGUCUGAGAGCAGUUCGAAUUGGUGUUACAGCACAGCGAGCAGGAAGCACGGUUGUUGUUUGCUUUGUGCUAGCGGGCCGGGGCUAGCAGAUGGAUCUUCGUGGUCGUCGCAACGGGAAACCUGUUGAAACCACAGACGAGUACGUCGGCAGACCAGUCGUGAUGGAUCGGCAUGGGCUCCGUGUCGACUCUAGGAGGUCCUGUCCGGUUGACAGAGAGGUAUAUAGCCGGGAGAUGUGCCUGACUCAAGGCUAGCUCAAGGCAGAUUAGCCAACAACAACGUUCAUUUGGUUGCAGCUAGCUAGUUGCGAUUAUCCAGUGUUAAAGGUCCAGUGAUUCAGUGAUCCCGGCAGAAAAACCGAUAUGUUCUGGGUCGAUAACGCGCUGUGCAGACAGUGCAGACUGGCCGAUAAUAGUCCAGGAUAGAGCUGGCUGGUAGGUAGUGCAGGCCACGGACAAUGGUGAAAAACCGCUAACGGUGGCUAAUAGCAAGUAGCUAGUUAGCUGGUUAGCUGGCUACUCCCGUCCGGUAGACAGAGAGGUAGAUGGUAGAUAGCCGGGAUAUGGGCCUGCUCAAGGCUAACUGGUGCUUGCUUCGGGGGCAGUGGUGAUUAGCCUACAGCAACAUCCAUUCGACAUCCAUUCGUAUGCGGCUAGCUAGUUGCGAUCCAGUGUUAAUGUCCAGUGAUUCAGUAAUUCUGGCAGAAAAUCCGAUGUUCUGGGUGAAAACCGCUAAUGGUGGCUAAUAGCAAGUAGCUAGUUAGCUGGCUGGCUAGUUUAAACUGGAGAUUCUAGAUAAAGGUGAGUAAAUAAUAGAAUCCGUUCCACAUUGAGUGAGGCGGGUUGCAGGAAAGUAUAUUUAGUAGAAGGAUGAAAGUGUGAUAGGGAAAUAUAUACGUAAAAUACAAAAAAAUACAAAAAAACUGGAAAUUUACAUGGACACACGAGAACACGACCGCACUGCUACGCCAUCUUGGGACACGAUAAAAGGGACCGCAGCCAAUGUGUACUUUACAUCCAGAGUUUCCCCAGUUCCCACCCACAGUAAUCCACCAGACCCAGGCCUUUGUUGUGCUACAGCUCUGUAUUGUUUACAUAGCCGAGAAUGUGGCAGUUUGUCCUAUAAACACAUUUAUUGUCCCUUGUUGCUGGUCGUCACUAGUUACCACAGCCACAAAGUCAAAAUUAUGGCUAAACCACAAUUUCUACAAUGUAUCUUCAUAAAAUCUGAUUUUAAACCUAACCCUUACCUUAACCAUAGCCCAAGAUUUACUCUUAAAGCUCAGACACAACGGUAAGAUUGUCAAACUUUUGCCUGCCGACAGUACUUAGCACCUCUGAACAGAGUGUUGGCAGUCAAUCUCUUUUGUGGUCACACAGCAAAGACCUUGGAAGUCGUCAGCCACUCAGCCUGUUUUGAAAUACUCCAAACCAGAAGGUGGCAGUAGCUUUGUUUGGCAAUGCAUAUCCGUGUGUAUUGCUUAUGGUGUAGAUUUCAAGCUAUCUGCGCUAAUGUUGCUAUUUUGUAGAAAGCCCUUGUUGAUACUAGCCAGAUGGCCACAGCUAGACGACUACCUAGGAAGAUAACGAAGAAACAAUUUAAUUCACUCUACAUAAUCCCAUACUGCCAGCCCAUAGCCAAAUGUUUAGCUAGCUAGCUAACGUUAGCAUAUUCGCUAGCACAACAUAGCUAGCUAGCUAGCCAAGGACACUACACUAACUCUGCAGCUUACCCAGGCAGCUGUUUCAUGGAAACUAGCUAAUCCAUUGUGAUUUAAUUAUAAUGUCAACACUAUCUACAGUGUUUAGCUAGCUUGGAGGAAGUAUUUAGUGUUGUAUGCAUUGUGUCUGUGCACUUAGCUAGCUACCAUCCCAUAGUCUACAUUGCAUAUGAAGUGUAACUGGCUCAUAUGGGCCUCCUGUAGCUCAGUUGGUAGAGCAUGGCGCUUGCAACGCCAGGGUUGUGGGUUCGAUUCCCACGGUGGACCAGUAUGAAACAUGUAUGCACUCACUAACUGUAAGUCGCUCUGGUAAGAGUGUCUGCUAAAUGACAAAACAUUUAAAUGUAAAAUGUGGAUGUAUGGAGAAAAUACCGUCUUUCUUCCUUUUUUUUUUUUGUUGGCUCCCCCACAUGGGGCUUCGUGCUCUCUGAUUGGCUCAAAGUGAAGUUGUUAGCCACGAGCAUUGCAUUCUACAAGUAGAAUCGGUAGGUCCGUCGCUACUGGGCAAGAGAAGGAACGGCCUCCCACUGUGAUAAGUACCUAUCGGCAUUGAGAUUCUCGGUGUGUUUCAUUCUUUAAGGAGCCUACCAUUACUCCUUAAGGUCCAAGGACCUUAUAUGUUAUUUUCAAAGGUAGACUGGCUCUGGCAGUCAAAUACUCCAUCUAAACGUGAAUCGAUUCUCAAUUGCGAUACGGUUCUAGAAACAUAAAGCCCCAUACUUUCAUAUCACAUACAAAUAUUUUACAAAUGCAAAAUAUACACUUACUGUACACUGUUAUGCGCGCUCAAGUUUUCUGUAUUUUUUGUCUUAUUUCUUGUUUGUUUCACCCCCAAAAAAUAUUUAGCAUCUUCAAAGUGGUAGGCAUGUUGUGUAAAUCAAAUGAUACAAACCCCCCCAAAAAUCAAUUUUAAUUCCAGGUUGUAAGGCAACAAAAUAGGAAAAAUGCCAAGGGGGGUGAAUACUUUCACAAGCCACUGUAAAUAUAAUUCAUAGAAUGGACCUAUCCCUUCAGACCACAGCAAUUUACCAGGUACACCAUUGACAUUUAAAUGUAAUUGAAAUGUUAACUUCUAAUUACUACCACAAAGAUGGCUGCCGGUCCACCUAUCGUUGAAUGUCAACUUAAAUGGUCAUGUCUAUUCUAUUAUCCAUAUUUCUAUGAUUUCAAUAGGUUUGCUAUGAAGGGUUGACAGUAUCAUUUAACCCUAUCAGUCCUGAGACCCCAGCAAAAAUUGGCUUUCAUUUAUCUGCAUGUCCAGACCUUAUAUUUACCAUCACAAUGCAGUGUUUUACCAUUUUAUUUUCAGGACAACCAGGGCUACAAGUAGAACACAAACCAAUUUGACAUAAACAGUUGCAUUCAUGAGUUUUUAUGACAAAUAUCAAUAAUAAUAAAUAAAGUCAGCCAAAGUACAAACCUGAUAAAAAUGAAUUUAAAUGAACGCUGUAAGUACAAAAAACUACAGAAAUUGUUUGCUCACUGGGAAAUGAAUAUCCAACUAGUCAGUGACAAUUGUUCUGAGAUUUUCUAUGAUCUUUUAUGUAGAAGAUCCCCUUAACUUUGAAUGACUUUUGUGUAGCGUGUGAGCACCACUCUAGCUCAGCCCCCGUUAAUCACACGGUUGGUAUCUACGGAUGCAGAAGAAAUAGACAAAUCCAAUGGUAUGAUGCAGAAGUCUGAGUUGAGGCGUUUUUAGCUAAUUAACAUUGAAGGUAAAAAAAAAAGUAAAAUUGUAUACAAUAGCUUGACAGCCCUGUUUGUAAGCUUUUAAAUUAUAUAAAUCUCAACUGUUUAUCUUUUCCAGUGAUGACAUGGAUGUCUCAUGGUAUGGUGGGGUAAGCUAAAUAGGUCAACAAUCUCUUGAAUGUUUUGGCAUUCAGGUUCAAAAAGUCACUUUCUGAGCACUUCUGCAAUGGGCAAAUAUGUAUGGAUGGUUUCAUUCAUAUUAAAGUGAUGCUGUCAAAAAGUGAUAGAAUUAAAAUCGAUUUACCCAUACUUGCCGAUAUUAGGAGAUCAUCUGAGAAAUUGUAUGUGGACAAUCGCCUAAUUUGCCUGGAACAUAUUCUUACAGGCAACUACCGAGGCCUGCUCGUAAACCAGGAAGUGACGUCAUCCAUUGUUGAUUACUCUAUCAAUAGCUCUCAUUGGUAUAGUGGUACAUAUAUAGCGACUGGCUGCUACUUGUAAAAUGUCCCAUGUGUAAAGAUAGCAUUAUUUGUGAUCCACGGUUGUUAAAUAGCAUGAAUACAUUUCCUGCACAUGCACACGAAGCCCGGAUUUAAAAUAAAAGCCUACUGUUUUGCAAGAAAAGUCUGACACUACCCAACAGUGUUGCUCAGUAAUGCUGUGAGGUCAAAUAUAGCCCUGCAUGCAUCGAAACUAAAGUAGUAGCUACAGUGUCAACAUAUGUUUGGUUCAUAAAGGUAAGCAAGACUUUAUUGUGUGUCUGUGUCAAAGACUCGGACAGAUGUUCAGGUGGACAUCUACGAGCGGCUACCCGUCCCCUUCGGCCUGGUCAGAUUUGGAGUGGCCCCCGACCAUCCAGAGGUCAAGGUUAGUAUAGAUUGAUUUAUUGAUUGAUUAAAUUAUAUCCAGACAGAAGCAGACAAAAUUAUAUAAGGUCAAGAAUAAUUUAUUGAAUCAUGGCACCUCUCUCUUUCUCUCUCCUUCUCUUCUUCUCCUCUCUCUUUUUUUUUCUUGUUCUCAUGUCAGAACGUCAUCAACACCUUCACCCAGACGGCACAGCAUGCCAGGUGUAGUUUCCACGGCAAUGUUACAGUGGGGAAGGACGUCACUGUGGAGGAGCUUCAGGAAGCCUACCACGCUGUGGUGCUGGUGAGACUACACCCCAUAGAGAUCCUAUUAAAUUAGUAUACUAAUUCUAUGCUACACCCUAACAACACACUGCAUUUUGGGUAGUGUAGUCCUAAAUCACUGCAUGUGUUGGUUUUGUGUCUUCAAGUGUGAGUAUUUAUGUGUGUGUGUGUUUAUCUGUAGAGCUAUGGAGCAGAGGGGAACAGGACUAUGGGUGUACCAGGGGAAGACUUGGCUGGGGUGUACUCUGCCAAAGACUUUGUCGGCUGGUACAAUGGGCUGCCUAGAAACAGAGAGGUAUGUUCUCCUCCUUUUAAAUCACAGGCUUCUACACAAAUUCCAGUGAUAUACUGUACAUAAAUCAGCCUCUCUCUCUAUCUUGGUCUCUUUCUCUCUCCGUCUCUCUUUCUCCAUCCUACUAGCUGAGGCCAGAUCUGAGCUGUGAGACGGCUGUAAUUAUGGGGCAGGGUAACGUGGCACUGGAUGUUGCGAGGAUACUGCUAUCUCCUGUAGAUAUUCUGAAGGUGAGAUGCUUGCCUGAUGACUCAUCCUGAAUUAAAUUCCGCUACUCUAUCGCUCCAUACAUUCAGUCGGAAACUGCCAUCCUAGAAGUUGUUUGUGUUGACCUCAAAAUGAGGGGCGUUGUACAAAACUAAUUAAUCAGCGAUUGGAUCAUCUAACAAAUCUAACCAAUCAGAAUAUCAAGUUGAUAGCAUCAUGUAGGCCGGCUCUGGGCCAACCCAUUGGUUUCUGGGACCAAACGGAACGCUCAGAAUGUGUUUGCAUUCUAGAGAACGUCAUGGAGGAAAGCAAAUCCAGCCUCAUUGUGGAGAAGAAACGCUAGUUUGGCCGGAUCGAUGUGGAUGGGUAGUCAGGCUAGAGAUUUGCUGCCAUGCAUCUGCCCAAAUACAUUCUGUAUCUGAUCUCCCUUUGUCAAAGCCUGAAUCCAACCAUUGUGUAUACAAUGUUAAAGCCCACAGAAAGAAAACAAUCCAUAUCUGCAUAUCUCUGGAUAUAUAAUUAGUGUCAGGUGUCUCCAUGUAACCCCUUCUCUGUCUCAUUCCUAUGUAGAAGACUGAUAUCACCCAGCAUGCCCUGGACUCCCUGGCAGAGAGCAGUGUCCGCAGGGUGCUCAUUGUGGGGCGCAGGGGACCCCUACAGGUGGCCUGCACUAUCAAGGUGAGGCUCUUACCACUGACACCUAACCCCUGACCCCUACAGGUGGCCUGCAGAACAUAGGGAGCACACAGGUUGAUGCAAGUUCAUAUGUCAAGUUAAUAACCUCACAUUUUAUUAUUAACAUUGUCUUUUUUAUUGUCCAAAUGUUAAAUUAUGAAGUCAUAUUUAUGAGGGUUUAAAGUUCCAAGUGCAAUUGUAUUGUUCUGUAAAUCAGGGAGUACUUAUUACUCUAUAGUUGGUUUUUGCGUAGUGUGAUUCUAGAUUGUGUUAGAGAUUGUGUGACAGUUUCCAUUCACAACAUAAAAUUGACUGUGACGGUUUGCCAUGUGAGUGAGUAUACGUGCCAAAGGUUGAGCCUAUUAUCUGUCUAAACAUCCCCACAUUUUGAUAAAUAAACUUUCCCUCAGAUCAGGUCAGGGGCAAUGAUUUAUUUAUAUACACUAGGUGACUGAUGGGGGGCGCUGUGUUGAAGCCCCGUCCCUCCAUUUUGGCAAUCCCCUAACAUUGUAACAAAUAUUUUGGAAGCUAUAGAAAUGCAUUUAUUAAUGUCUACAUUCGUUUUUUUCCGCAUUUAUUCUAUUAAAGACAACUUAAUGCAUACUUUUAAAUUAUAUCAUGUGAGCAAAACAUUUAAAAACAUAAAACAUUUUUCUUAAAGUAUACUUUUUGGAGAUUACUAAUUUAUUACUGUCCCCACUACAACAAAAACAAUACUUAAAUACAUGUAAUUUUGGCAUUGAAACAUUUAAUUGAAAUACUGUAAAAUUCCAUUCAUUCCUAUGGAGGACUGCUCCUACUGAGGAGUUACCAAUAUGGGUGAUUGGUCAGGAGAUACAAUGAAAAAUGCCUUAGUCGUUUUUGAAACUCAUUGUACUUUAGAGUAAAGCCUUCUUGAAACUGAUGGUAAUUAUGUUACUAGUUACUGUGCCAAAGGUUGAACUGAAACAUUUUAUUUUACAGAAGUAAUAUUAAAACUAAUUAAUUUCCCCAAACUGAUUGUACCUUACAAUAAAGCCUAAUCGACACGUGACCUUAAUGUUAUUGUUCUCAUUAUUUUAAAUAGGAUAGGUUAACCAGGAGUUAAGAGAUUCAUUCCUUGUUUACUGGCCACUGAUAUUGAAGAAUGAAAUAGCAAUACUCACUCCUGUCUUUAACUUUUCCUACUUAUAAUUUGUUCUUCUACUGUGACGAAAACUUAAGACAACUAACCUAAAAAGAGUUAAGAGUUUCGUUCAUAACCAUCACCUGUGCUUGUAAAUUAUGUAAUUAAGUCAACAUAAUUUUUUGCAAACACUCGUUGUUGUUUAUUUGUUGUUGUGUCUAGGAGCUGAGAGAGAUGUUGAACCUGCCUGGCACCAGACCAGAGAUGGAGGCGUCUGAGUUUGAGGGCAUAGCAGAGACUCUGAAAGGUGAGACGCCACUGUUUAGUUCCUCUUAAGGUUUCUCUCAUUAAAAUCUUCUGUUAUUGACCUUUUAUCCUUAGUAGUGUGAUGUCACACACUGCCCUUCACAGGCCUCAACAGCAUCUGUAUACCCCUCCCCCUUCCUAAGUCCACCCUGUCCCUCCAUUGCUACCAUCUAUCUUUCUGACCAGGAACAUGCUCCAAACUCCCCCCUCUCAAUCAUGUCUGAACUCUGCAGACCAGCAUAUGUCUGCUCUACCAUAACCCAGAUCUUCCAGAGAGUUAAUGGUUACAGAAUCAGAUUAACAUAAUCAUAAAAUGUCUUGUCUUCAAACCAGCAUCACUCUCUCUCUCUGCCUUCCCAUAAACCUGUUCCCCAUGAUAAACUGUCUCUUAUCUAGACUGUCCGCUCUGCUAUCACAGUCUUGUGAGGGCGUUUCAGAAAUCUGAACUAUUUACUCUAUUGUCAGUCACAUAUUCACAGUAUUUUCUUAACCACAUUGAGGAUAAGACUAUGGAUUUUCAUCUUACAUUUACAUUUUAGUCAUUUAGCAGAGCAAUUUACAGGAGCAAUUAGGGUUACGUACCUUGCACGUCGCAGAUUUUUCACCUAGUCAGCGAUCUUUUGGUUACUGGCCCAACGUGCUAAACCACUAUUCUACCUGCCGCCCUUCUAAGUGGAUGACAUAAUGGGGAAUAUAUAAUUGGCAUGGUGCCUUUAUAGAUAGCCUGAGAGAUUAUUUUUUCAUGUAAACAGGAGGGAGUAAAGAAAUGUAAACAAAGUUGAAAUAUGGCGUAUGUGACGUGCAGGGGCUGGUGUCUCGGAAAGUACCUGAAAGUGUCAACCAAGUGUUACUGGAAAUGCCUAUGUGUGAGGGCUGUCUUGUUUGUGUUUCUGCGUGAACUUUAGUGUUGAUGUGUUGAUACUUUCCUCCUAGUUUCAGUUCAUCCUGUUUAUAUUUGGCAGUGUAGUUAUUAUCUGUGCUGGUAGAGCACGGCGCUUGUAACGCCAGGGUAGUGGGUUCGAUCCCCGGGACCACCCAUACACAAAAAUGUAUGCACCCAUGACUGUAAGUCACUUUGGAUAAAAGCGUCUGCUAAAUGGCAUAUUAUUAUUAUUAUUAUUAUUAUUAUUAUUAUUAUUAUUAUUAUUAUAUUUGACCGAAAUUCAAAUCAAAUUUUAUUUGUCACAUGCGCCGAAUACAACCUUACCGUGAAAUGCUUACUUACAAGCCCUUAACCAACAAUGCAGUUCAAGAAAUAGAGUUAAGGAGCCUUUUGAACCUAGACUUUGCGCUCCGGUACCGCUUGCCGUGCGGUAGUAGAGAGAACAGUCUAUGACUUGGGUGACUGGAGUCUUUGAUAAUUUUUUGGGCCUUCCUCUGACACCGCCUAGUAUAUACAGUGAGGGAAAAAAGUAUUUGAUCCCCUGCUGAUUUUGUACGUUUGCCCACUGACAAAGAAAUUAUCAGUCUAUAAUUUUAAUGGUAGGUUUAUUUGAACAGUGAGAGACAGAAUAACAACAAAAAAAUCCAGAAAAACCCAUGUCAAAAAUGUUAUAAAUUGAUUUGCAUUUUAAUGAGGGAAAUAAGUAAUUGACCCCCUCUCAGUCAGAAAGAUUUCUGGCUCCCAGGUGUCUUUUAUACAGGUAACAAGCUGAGAUUAGGAGCACACUCUUAAAGGGAGUGCUCCUAAUCUCAGCUUGUUACCUGUAUAAAAGACACCUGUCCACAGAAGCAAUCAAUCAAUCAGAUUCCAAACUCUCCACCAUGGCCAAGACCAAAGAGCUCUCCAAGGAUGUCAGGGCAAAGAUUGUAGACCUACACAAGGCUGGAAUGGGCUACAAGACCAUCGCCAAGCAGCUUGGUGAGAAGGUGACAACAGUUGGUGCGAUUAUUCGCAAAUGGAAGAAACACAAAAUAACUGUCAAUCUCCCUCGGCCUGGAGCUCCAUGCAAGAUCUCACCUUGUGGAGUUGCAAUGAUCAUGAGAACGGUGAGGAAUCAGCCCAGAACUACACGGGAGGAUCUUGUCAAUGAUCUCAAGGCAGCUGGGACCAUAGUCACCAAGAAAACAAUUGGUAACACACUACGCCGUGAAGGACUGAAAUCCUGCAGCGCCCGCAAGGUCCCCCUGCUCAAGAAAGCACAUAUACAGACCCGUCUGAAGUUUGCCAAUUAACAUCUGAAUGAUUCAGAGGAGAACUGCGUGAAAGUGUUGUGGUCAGAUGAGACCAAAAUCGAGCUCUUUGGCAUCAACUCAACUCGCCGUGUUUGGAGGAGGAGGAAUGCUGCCUAUGACCCCAAGAACACCAUCCCCACCGUCAAACAUGGAGGUGGAAACAUUAUGCUUUGGGGGUGUUUUUCUGCUAAAGGGACAGGACAACUUCACCGCAUCAAAGGGACGAUGGAUGGGGCCAUGUACCAUCAAAUCUUGGGUGAGAACCUCCUUCCCUCAGCCAGGGCAUUGAAAAUGGGUUGUGGAUGGGUAUUCCAGCAUGACAAUGACCCAAAACACACGGCCAAGGCAACAAAGGAGUGGCUCAAGAAGAAGCACAUUAAGGUCCUGGAGUGGCCUAGCCAGUCUCCAGACCUUAAUCCCAUAGAAAAUCUGUGGAGGGAGCUGAAGGUUUGAGUUGCCAAACGUCAGCCUCGAAACCUUAAUGACUUGGCGAAGAUCUGCAAAGAGGAGUGGGACAAAAUCCCUCCUGAGAUGUGUGCAAACCUGGUGGCCAACUACAAGAAAUGUCUGACCUCUGUGAUUGCCAACAAGGGUUUUGCCACCAAGUACUAAGUCAUGUUUUGCAGAGGGGUCAAAUACUUAUUUCCCUCAUUAAAAUGCAAAUCAAUUGAUAACAUUUUUGAUAUGGGUUUUUCUGGAUUUUUUGUUGUUAUUCUCUCUCACUGUUCAAUUAAACCUACCAUUAAAAUUAUAGACUGAUCAUGUCUUUGUCAGUGGGCAAACAUACAAAAUCAGCAGGGGAUCAAAUACUUUUUUCCCUCACUGUAGGUCUUGAAUGGCAGGAAGCUUGGCCCCAGUGAUGUACUGGGCCGUACGCACUACCCUCUGUAGCGCCUUACGGUCGGAUGCCGAGCAGUUGCCAUACCAGGCGGUGAUGCAUCCGGUCAGGAUGCUCUCGAUGGUGCAGCUGUAGAACCUUUUGAGGAUCUGGGGACCCAUGCCAAAUCUUUUCAAUUUCCUGAGGGGGAAAAGUUGUUUUCGUGCCCUCUUCACAACUGUCUUGGUGUGUUUGGAUCAUGAUAGUUCGUUGGUGAUGUGGACACCAAGGAACUUGAAACUCUCAACACUCUCCACUACAGCCCCAUCGAUGUUAAUGGGGGCCUGUUCGCCCCUCCUUUUCCUGUAGUCCACGAUCAGCUCCUAUGUCUUGCUCACAUUGAGGGAGAGGUUGUUGUCCUGGCACCACACUGCCAGGUCUCUGACCUCUUCCCUAUAGGCUGUCUCAUUGUUGUCGGUGAUCAGGCCUACCACUGUUGUGUCGUCAGCAAACUUAAUGAUGGUGUUGGAGUCGUGCUUGGCCACGCAGUCGUGGGUGAACAGGGAGUACAGGAGGGGACUAAGCACGCACCCCUGAGGGGCCCCCGUGUUGAGGAUCAGCGUGGCAGAUGUGUUGUUGCCUAUCCUUACCACCUGGGGGCGGCCGGUCAGGAAGUCCAGGAUCCAGUUGCAGAGGGAGGUGUUUAGUCCCAGGGUCCUUAGCUUAGUGAUGAGCUUUGUGGGCACUGUCGUUGAACGCUGAGCUGUAGUCAAUGAACAGCAUUCUCACAUAGGUGUUCCUUUUGUCCAGGUGGGAAAUGCAGUGUGGAGUGCGAUUGAGUUUGCGUCAUCUGUGGAUCUGUUGGGGCGGUAUGCGAAUUGGAGUUGGUCUAGGUUUUCCAGGAUGAUGGUGUUGAUGUGAGCCAUGACCAGCCUUUCAAAGCACUUCAUGGCUACCGACGUGAGUGCUACGGGGCGGUAGUCAUUUAGGCAGGUUACCUUCGCUUUCUUGGGCACAGGGACUAUGGUGGUCUGCUUGAAACAUAUACAGUUGAAGUCGGAAGUUUACAUAUACCUUAGCCAAAUACAUUUAAACUCAGUUUUUCACAAUUCCUGACAUUUAAUCCUAGUAAAAACUCCCUGUCUUAGGUCUGUUAGGAUCACCACUUUAUUUUAAGAAUGUGAAAUGUCAGAAUAAUAGUAGAGAGAAUGAUUUAUUUCAGCUUUUAUUUCUUUCAUCACAUUCCCAGUGGGUCAGAAGUUUACAUACACUCAAUUAGUAUUUGGUAGCAUUGCCUUUAAAUUGUUUAACUUGGGUCAAAUGUUUCGGGUAGCCUUCCACAAGCUUCCCACAAUAAGUUGGGUGAAUUUUGGGCCAUUCCUCCUGACAGAGCUGGUGUAACUGAGUUAGGUUUGUAUGCCUCCUUGCUCGCACAUGCUUUUUCAGUUCUUCCCACACAUUUUCUAUACGAUUGAGGUCAGGGCUUUGUGAUGGCCACUCCAAUACCUUGACUUUGUUGUCCUUAAGCCAUUUUGCCACAACUUUGGAAGUAUGCUUGGGGUCAUUGUCCAUUUGGAAGACCCAUUUGCGACCAAGCUUUAACUUCCUGACUGAUGUCUUGAGAUGUUGCUUCAAUAUAUCCACAUAAUUUUCCUUCCUCAUGAUGCCAUCUAUUUUGUGAAGUGCACCAGUCCCUCCUGCAGCAAAUCACCCCCACAGCAUGAUGCUGCCACCCCCGUGCUUCAUGGUUGGGAUGGUGUUCUUCGGCUUGCAAGACCCCCCUUUUUCAUCCAAACAUAACAAUGGUCAUUAUGGCCAAACAGUUCUAUUUUUGUUUCAUCAGACCAGAGGACAUUUCUCCAAAAAGUACGAUCUUUGUCCCCAUGUGCAGUUGCAAACCGUAGUCUGGCUUUUUUAAUGGCGGUUUUGGAGCAGUGGCUUCUUCCUUGCUGAGUGGCCUUUCAGGUUAUGUCGAUAUAGGACUUGUUUUACUGUGGAUAUAGAUACUUUUGUACCUGUUUCCUCCAGCAUCUUCACAAGGUCCUUUGCUGUUGUUCUGGGAUUGAUUUGCACUUUUCGCACCAAAGUAUGUUCAUCUCUAGGAGAAAGAACGCGUCUCCUUCCUGAGCGGUAUGACGGCAGCGUGGUCCUAUGGUGUUUAUACAUGCAUACUAUUGUUUGUACAGAUGAAUGUGGUACCUUCAGGCAUUUGGAAAUUGCCCCCAAGGAUGAACCAGACUUGUGGAGGUCUACACGUUUUUUUUUCCUGAGGUCUUGGAGGAUUUCUUUAGAUUUUCCCAUGGUGUCAAGCAAAGAGGUACUGAGUUUGAAGGUAGGCCUUGAAAUACAUCCACAGGUACACCUCCAAUUGACUAAAAUUAUGCCAAUUAGCCUAUCAGAAGCUUCUAAAGCCAUGACAUCAUUUUCUGGAAUUUUCCAAGCUGUUUAAAGACACAGUCAACUUAAUGUAUAUAAACGUCUGACCUACUGGAAUUGUGAUACAGUGAAAUAAUCUGUCUGUAAACAAUUACUUGUGUCAUGCACAAAGUAGAUGUCCUAACCGACUUGCCAAAACUAUAGUUUGUUAACAAGACAUUUGUGGAGUGGUUGAAAAACAAGUUUUAAUGACACCAACCUAAGUGUAUGUAAACUUCCGACUUCAACUUUAGUUAUUAUAAACUCGGUCAGGGAGAGGUUGAAAAUGUUAGUGAAGACACUUGCCAUUUGGUCCGCGCAUGCUCUGAGUACACGUCCUGGAAAUCCGUCUGGCCCCGCAGCCUUGUGAAUGUUGACCUGUUUAAAGGUCUUGCUCACAUUGGCUACGGAGAGCGUGAUCACACAGUCGUCCGGAACAGCUGGUGCUUUCAUGCAUGCUUCAGUGUUGCUUGCCUCGAAGCGAGCAUAAUAGGCAUGUAGCUCUUCUGGUAGGCUCAUGUCACUGGGCAGCUCGCGGCUGGGUUUCUCUUUGUAGUCCGUAAUAGUUUGCAAGCCCUGCCACAUCUGAUGAGCGUCAGAGCCGGUGUAGUAGGAUUCAAUCUUAGCCCUGUAUUGACGCUUUGCCAGUUUGAUGGUUCGUCUGAGGGCAUAACGGGAUUUGUUAUAAGUGUCCGGAUUAGUGUCCCGCUCCUUGAAAGCGGCAGCUGUAGCCUUUAGCUCGAUGCGGAUGUUGCCUGUAAUCCAUGGCUUCUGGUUGGGAUAUGUACGUACGGUCACUGUGGGGACGACGUUGUCGAUGCACUUAUUGAUGAAGCCGGUGACUGAGGUGGUAUACUCCUCAAUGCCAUUGGAUGAAUAUCGGAAUAUAUUCUAGUCUGUGCUAGCAAAACAGUCCUGAAGCAUAGCAUUCGUGUCAUCUGACCACUUCCAUAUUGAGCGAGUCACUGGUACUUCCUGCUUUAGUUUUUGCUUGUAAGCAAAUCAGGAGGAUAGAAUUAUGGUCAGAUUUGCCAAAUGGAGGGCCAUAUCCCCCCGUUGCCAUACCCCCCCCAAAGUUGUGUGUGUGUACAGUGUGGAAAAAAAGUAUUUAGUCAGCCACCAAUUGUGCAAGUUAUCCCACUUAAAAAGAUGAGAGAGGCCUGUAAUUUUCAUCGUAGGUACACGUCAACUAUGACAAACAACAUGAGAAAGAAAAAUCCAGAAAAUCACAUUGUAGGAUUUUUAAUGAAUUUAUUUGCAAAUUAUGGUGGAAAAUAAGUAUUUGGUCAAUAACAAAAGUUUCUCAAUACUUUGUUAUAUAUCCUUUGUUGGUAAUGACACAGGUCAAACAUUUUUUGUAAGUCUUCACAAGGUUUUCACACACUGUUGCUGGUAUUUUGGCCCAUUCCUCCAUGCAGAUCUCCUCUAGAGCAGUGAUGUUUUGGGGCUGUUGCUGGGCAACACGGACUUUCAACUCCCUCCAAAGAUUUUCUAUGGGGUUGAGAUCUGGAGACUGGCUAGGCCACUCCAGGACCUUGAAAUGCUUCUUACGAAGCCACUCCUUCGUUGCCCGGGCGGUGUGUUUGGGAUCAUUGUCAUGCUGAAAGACCCAGCCACGUUUCAUCUUCAAUGCCCUUGCUGAUGGAAGGAGGUUUUCACUCAAAAUCUCACGAUACAUGGCCCCAUUCAUUCUUUCCUUUACACAGAUCAGUCGUCCUGGUCCCUUUGCAGAAAAACAGCCCCAAAGCAUGAUGUUUCCACCCCCAUGCUUCACAGUAGGUAUGGUGUUCUUUGGAUGCAACUCAGCAUUCUUUGUCCUCCAAACACGACGAGUUGAGUUUUUACCAAAAAGUUCUAUUUUGGUUUCAUCUGACCAUAUGACAUUCUCCCAAUCCUCUUCUGGAUCAUCCCAAUGCACUCUAGCAAACUUCAGACGGGCCUGGACAUGUACUGGCUUAAGCAGGGGGACACGUCUGGCACUGCAGGAUUUGAGUCCCUGGCGGCGUAGUGUGUUACUGAUGGUAGGCUUUGUUACUUUGGUCCCAGCUCUCUGCAGGUCAUUCACUAGGUACCCCCCGUGUGGUUCUGGGAUUUUUGCUCACGGUUCUUGUGAUCAUUUUGACCCAACGGGGUGAGAUCUUGCGUGGAGCCCCAGAUCGAGGGAGAUUAUCAGUGGUCUUGUAUGUCUUCCAUUUCCUAAUAAUUGCUUCCACAGUUGAUUUCUUCAAACCAAGCUGCUUACCUAUUGCAGAUUCAGUCUUCCCAGCCUGGUGCAGGUCUACAAUUUUGUUUCUGGUGUCCUUUGACAGCUCUUUGGUCUUGGCCAUAGUGGAGUUUGGAGUGUGACUGUUUGAGGUUGUGGACAGGUGUCUUUUAUACUGAUAACAAGUUCAAACAGGUGCCAUUAAUACAGGUAACGAGUGGAGGACAGAGGAGCCUCUUAAAGAAGAAGUUACAGGUCUGUGAGAGACAGAAAUCUUGCUUGUUUGUAGGUGACCAAAUACUUAUUUUCCACCAUAAUUUGCAAAUAUAUUCAUAAAAAAUCCUACAAUGUGAUUUUCUGGAGAAAAAAAAUCUCAAUUUGUCUGUCAUAGUUGAUGUGUACCUAUGAUGAAAAUUACAGGCCUCUCUCAUCUUUUUAAGUGGGAGAACUUGCACAAUUGGUGGCUGACUAAAUACUUUUUUCCCCCACUGUAUGUCCUCUCAGCGCUGGCCAGGCCAAGGAAGCGUCUGACAGAGCUGCUGCUGAAGGCUGCAGUAGAGACUCCAGGGGAGGAGGAGCUAGAGAGACGUAACAGGGCAGAGCGGGCCUGGGGAUUCCGCUUCCUCCGGAGGCCCCUGGAGGUCCUCCCCUCCACUGACCUCAUCAGGGCCGCAGGGAUACGAUUGGCUGUCAACCGGCUAGAGGUGAGCCAGGUGCUUUAGGAAUAGAUAUAGGAUCAUCUCUUGAGGUUACCCUCUUACCUCUGUCGUAAUUGGUUGUCCUUAUCUUCCCAGAUAAACCCAAUAAAACCUUUUUAAUUAAACAGAAGACAAGGCCAUGUUGUCUAAAGCAUGAACAGAGGGCUUAGGCUAAGCUGGCCCUGGCCUCUCUGUCUCUCCCCAGGGCGACGGUGAGGGUGUGUGGGCAGUGGCCACAGGUGAGGUGGAGGAUGUGGAGUGCGGCCUAGUCAUCAGCAGCAUCGGCUACAAGAGCCUUCCCAUCGACCCCGCCGUCCCCUUCGACGCCCGAAAAGCCAUCAUCCCCAACACCAUGGGCCGCGUGCAGCAGACUGCAGGUUUGUGCACGUGCAUGGGUGCGUUCGUCUGCCUGCCUCAACCACAAGCCAAUGGGAAAGAUAGGCCCCAUAUCCCCCCCAAAAGUGUAUAUAUAUAUAAGUAUUUUAUUUUGUUUUUAAUUCAGACAGGAGAGACGGAGACAGAGACAGAGAGAGAAAAGAACCAUCGGACACUCAUUUUGGAGUGAACUUUCCCCCUUUAUCGUCUGUGUGUGUGUCGGCAGGUUUGUACUGUAGUGGCUGGGUGAAGAGGGGUCCCACAGGGGUGAUAGCCACCACCAUGAACGACAGCUUUGACACAGCCAGGACUCUGCUACAGGACAUGGACAAAGGAACACUGGAUGUCUCCACCAUCAAGCCUGGCUCACAGGGGGUCUCCGUCCUCCUGGAGAAAAGAGGUACUGCAACUCUUUAGCACAGUGUGUGUUGAUUCAAUUCACUUCAAAUAAAUACAUUUUUCCUGUGAGGAAACUUCUUCUGUGGAAUAGUAAAUGCAAUACAGCAGUGUACCGGUGCUCCGCCUGCAGUGCUAUAUUUGUGUGUUAACUUCUUGCAUGUACUAUUUACAUCAGGAUUGGCCAACAAAUCAUGACGGCUGGAAAUCCCCUCAGGCCCAUAGUAAUCUAGCUGACUCCAUACUGACCUUUCUCUGUCACUAUGACGCCAUAAACCAAGCCUGACUGUAAAGAUGAAGGGAUAAUAAUAACGUGUUUUCACUGUAAUGUAGUAGAAGUAAUCAGUUAUGGGUCUAUGCUUUGAACAGGAGGUGUGUGGGCGCAACGUCAUAAAAUUGUAUUCAUGCAUUAAACAAACUUAGUGAAGCCCAGUUUAUCUUUAUUUUUUACUAGGUAUGUUGAGGAAUAAGUAUCAGCUACCUCAAGUGUUAGUGUCCACCUUGAUAUUUUACUAUAACUACCUACCUCCCUGUACAUGACUGUAGGAGUGAAGCCAGUUUCGUUCUCUGACUGGGAGAAGAUCAACAGUGAGGAGACGAGGAGGGGAGAGACCAGGGGAAAGCCCAGGGAAAAGAUGCUGGAUGUGGGAGAGAUGCUGCAGGUGGCCCGGGCAUAGGGACAAGGGACCACACACCUGGUCCCACCUGACACACACACACACACACACAGGUCAUAGGGACCAGAGGACUCGACAACCAAGAAGUGAAUAAGAACCAUUGACCACACACACACAACUCUGGUCCAACCCCACUUUUUAUGUCAGCUACAGGCCACCAACUUGUCCGUCUAUGGUACACGCACAUGAUCAAUUUAAUCCCUGACCAUCAUGGAAUGCCAGUCAUACAAUACCCAAGUUCCAAGUUGACUUGCCAUAUGUAAUAAAUACACUGAACAUCUUACUCACCAGAGCUCUCAUUGAAACAAUGAUGGUGUUUCACUGCAGGACUAGUGAUUUAAUGGUUGUGGCUUGGCGCCAAUAAAAACAGUCAGGGCCUGGUUUCCUGAUAGCGAUGGAAUUUAGGCUUACAAGUGUUUUAACAAUGUAUCUAACUUUCCUUCAAUGGCCGAAGAUGUAAUAUGUGUUUCCCAAUACACCACAGAGAGAGAACAUUCACUAAGUGCGUUGUUGAGGCAUGUGUGGAUACUGAUAGGAUCAAGAGAAAAAAGGAAGUGCUGCUCUUGGAUCAGCU